GGGGCUGGCGACCGGGCUGUAGCUGCUGCGGCCGCAGGUUCCCGAGCGGUUUGGAGCUGCCGCGGGCGCGCCGCGCACUGCAGACCCCAACCCCAAUCCCAGGCCUCUCACCGGCCGCCGGCGCUUCGGCCCCCUCCCUAGCCAGCUCCCGAAGGACAGGACUAAAGCAGCUACCCGGGAAGCUCCGCCGAAUCGAAUUUACCCACAGCUUGCCGGCAACCAGUCACCAAGAUGGUUUGCGGGGGCUUCGCGUGCUCCAAGAACUGCCUGUGCGCGCUCAACCUGCUGUACACCUUGGUUAGUCUGUUGCUGAUUGGCAUUGCCGCCUGGGGUAUUGGCUUUGGGCUCAUUUCCAGCCUCCGUGUGGUGGGCGUGGUUAUCGCCGUGGGCAUCUUCUUGUUCUUGAUUGCUCUCGUGGGGCUGAUUGGAGCUGUGAAGCAUCAUCAGGUGUUGCUCUUUUUUUAUAUGAUUAUUCUGCUACUGGUAUUUAUUGUUCAGUUCUCUGUAUCUUGUGCUUGUUUAGCCCUGAAUCAGGAGCAACAGGGCCAGCUUCUGGAGGUUGGCUGGAAUAAUACAGCGAGUGCUCGAAAUGACAUUCAGAGAAACUUAAACUGCUGUGGCUUCCGGACUUUUAACCCAAAUGAUACCUGCCUGGCUAGCUGUGUUAAAAGUAGCCAGCCAUGCUCGCUGUGUGCUCCGAUAAUUGGAAAGUAUGCUGGAGAGGUUCUGAGAUUUGUUGGUGGUAUUGGACUUUUCUUCAGUUUUACAGAGAUCCUGGGUGUUUGGCUGACCUACAGAUACAGGAACCAGAAGGACCCUCGUGCGAACCCUAGCGCAUUCCUUUGAUGAGAACCAAGGAAAAUCUUUCAUUGUUGGAUCUUGUUCAUUUUCUCUGUCAGUUAAGCUACUUUGCCCAUUUAACAAAGGAAACACUGAAACAUUAUGUUACCUACAGUGGAAUUAUAUAUUUCUAACUCUUGUGUUUCUCUAAAUGAUUUUCUAUUUCUGUUGGUGUGAGAAAAAAAAAGUGGAAACUCACGGUGUCCCCUGACCCUGAGAGUACCUGUCCUCUCCUGCCCUCAUGAUGUCUGGCACUGUCCACUGUGGCCUUUCUUAGCAUUGUUAUCUGCAGAAAAGCUUUGUAUGGCACUACUAUGUGAAUCAUCUUGUGAAAUUAAGAAUACAUCUCAGUGGAAUAAUUGUGUAUAACACUGUGCUGUGUAGAUAGUUAUCCCUGGGAAGGGGUGAAGUUUAUUAUAGCCAGAAAGUCAGAGAUUCUAUUAUGUUCAGUUCAAUAAGGGAAAUCCACAUUCCCAAUAUUUUUUUUUGUCUCUGUAGGAAAAGCUGUAUUGUGGUGAUGUGUUAAUAUAGAAGUGAUCAUUUCAUUCCAUAGUGGUCUGUGAUGAUACUGAUGUUAAUUCUAGAUAUAUCUGUGUCUUUAGGAGAUGGGGGUUUCAUUCUUGACUUCUACAGAUUAAAUAAAAAGGAGAAAGGUUCUAAUGUAUAACAUGUCCCUUCCACUUUCAAAAUGGAAUGAGUAUGAAUAAUUCAGUGUCUAUAUAAUCUUAAUAUUCUUUAAAAAAUAGUUGGAAGUCUAAAAAAUCCCUCCAUUUUUAAACAAAUCAUUGGCCCAUGCAGCAAAAAGGUAUUUGACUAUCUUACAAAGUUAACUUUUUCAUAAAAUUUCUCAGUAUUAUAAUGGCACAUUGUCAAAUUCAAGCAUACUUAAAUGUGAUCUAGCCCAUAAUUUUAAAGUGAAAUAGUAUUGUGGUUCUGUAUGUUAUGUUUAAAAACAUUAAAAGAUGGAAAC